AUGAUGAGCUGGUGGUCGUCCUCGGCCAACUCGGCCCUGGACGAGCAGAUUGACAGGGCAACCAGCAGCAGCUUGGAGGACAUCGCCCUCAAUCUCGAAAUCUCCGACGUCAUCAGGUCCAAAACCGUGGCGCCUAAAGAGGCCAUGCGAUCUCUGAAGCGACGCAUCGGCAACAAGAACCCCAACACGCAGCUCAGCGCCCUCCACCUUACCGAUACCUGUGUCAAAAACGGCGGCGCACACUUCCUGGCCGAGAUCGCCUCGCGGGAAUUCAUGGACAACCUUGUGUCUCUCCUGCAGGCCGUGGGCCCGGGAGCCGUCAACGCCGAUGUCAAGUCCAAGAUUCUUGAGCUCAUCCAAUCCUGGGCCGGUGCGGCAGAGGGCCGACACGACCUGGCAUACAUCGGAGAGGUGUACAGGACGUUGCAGCGUGAAGGCCACCACUUUCCACCUCGGGUCUCGGUAGCUAGCAGUAUGAUUGACAGCAGCGCGCCCCCUGAAUGGGUCGAUUCCGAUGUUUGCAUGCGUUGCCGCACUCCCUUCACCUUUACAAACCGAAAACACCACUGUCGGAACUGUGGUAACUGUUUCGAUCAGCAGUGCUCGAGCAAGACGGCCGCGUUACCGCAUCUCGGCAUCCACUCCCCGGUUCGAGUAGACGACGGAUGCUACGCCAAGUUGACGAGCAAAGCGUACAAAGAACAGAACGCCUCGCUUGACCGAUCCCCGACAUACCCCCACAAGACGCGCAGCACAUCGGCUAUGCAGCCUCGAAACGCUCGGAUCGACGACGGAUUUGACGAGGACUUGAAAAAGGCGCUGGCCAUGAGCCUAGAGGAAGUCAAAAGCUCGACACGCGGCUUUGUCGAGCCUCUCACGAAUGGGACCAGACCCAACAGCGACGCCGCAACGAAGCAGGCGGAAGAAGAUGACGCGGACCUCAAGGCCGCCAUUGCCGCCUCCCUGGCAGAUAUGGAGGAGCAGAAGAAGAGACAUGCGGCUGUUCUGAAAGAACAAACGUCGAACCCGUCGAGCAACGCGACAACGUCCAGCUUUGUGCUGCCCAAGAACGACUACGAGUUGACGCCCGUUGAAGCCGAGAACAUCAACCUCUUCUCCACCUUGGUCGACCGUCUCCAGACGCAGCCUCCAGGUACGAUUUUGAGGGAGCCCCAGAUUCAGGAACUCUACGACAGCAUCGGCACGCUGCGGCCGAAACUGGCGCGGACGUACGGGGAGACGAUGAGCAAGCAUGACACUCUGCUGGAGCUUCACGCUAAGCUGUCGACUGUGGUUCGAUAUUACGACCGCAUGCUGGAGGAACGGCUAUCAAAGGCGUACAGCCAGCAAAGCUUUGGAGGCUACAACCUGCCUCCGCCUCGUCAGCCAUCUGGGCCGUAUCCCUCGAUAGCGACGCAGGCACACAACAGUACCGGCAAUGCCGAAAACUUCUACACGGGCCAGCAGCCUCCGACGCCGCAGCCUCAGUUCACCUCGUACGGGCCAGGACCAGGACAUCAUCCUGCUCCCCAAGACCCGUAUCAGCAGCAGCAGCAAGCUCCCCCUGAUCCGACGCAGAGAAUGCAGUCUCCCCAGCGGCCGAACGCAUCGCCUGCCACGAACCGCCGAGGCUCAUACUACUUUAGCCCUCCUCACUCUGCUCAGUCCACGUCGAUGCAGCUCCAUCAGCCAUCACAACCCCCUCAAACUCAGCAGCAACAAGCGUACUGGCAGCAACCCAUCCAAAGGGCAAUGCCGCAGCAAGUACCGCAACAGCCACCGACGGCGCCGCAAACGUGGGCGUACGCGGGCUACACUCAAGACUCGUUCCCCUCAGUGCCUCAGGACGAUCCGAUCAAUCAGCCUGCAGCGGAGGAGGCCUUGAUCGAGCUCUGA